UGUAUAUUCAUUCCUAAUACCUCUUCCAACGACAUGUUCAUCAAAUCUACUUUGUUUGGUGCGGAUUUUCUUUCCACUCCAUGGUUCUAUUUUUUCCUUUUCUUUUAAUUCCUUCAAGUAUUUUUCUUUCUCUUCCGGUAAUUUAUCCACAAUUUCCUCCUCAACUUUAUCCUUCUCUGCUCUCGAGAUUACCCUAGUAGCGAAUUUUUUAAAUUCACUUUUCCCUUUUUCUUCUUCCCAUUUCUUUUCGUAUUUAGCUAUCAGUUCCUUUUCUUUUUUCUCCAAUUCUCGGGUCAUUCGUUCUUGCAUUUUCUGCUGGCAUUUAUCGGCUUUCUUCAACACAUUUUUCCAAAUAUCCUCAUACUUUAGCUUCAUAUCCUCAUCAUAUCUCGAUCGAAUCUUCUUUAAUCGUCUUGCCGUUUCCCAAUCAACAAUCUCGUCUCCGUUCUUUAUUUUCUUCUCCUUUUCUUUUCCUUUAUCAUUCUCUUCCUUUUCCUCUCCUUUUUUUCUCUUUUCUCCUCUUUCCUUCGGGAUUAUUUUAUUCCCAAUUUCUUCUCCUCUUCUUUUCGCCUCCAAAAUUCUAGCCUGUUUUCCUUCCUCUUCUUCCUUCUCUUUUCUCUGUAGUUGUUUCUCCUCCUCCUUACGCCUUCUUUUUUCCUCCUUUCUUUUUUCCUUCUCUUCACAUGUUAUAGGAAGAAGACGCUCUUCGUCUUCCGUUAACUCAGUAGACGAAAUAUCCUCCAUGUGCCAGGUUUGUGUUAAUUCGUUAGUAAAAUCCAGAGCAGCGACAAUCGAGUUAAUUUGUGGGGAUUCUCUAAAUACUCCUUCCUCGUCGUCCGAAAUUUCGAUGUUGGGAUCCAAGAUCAUUUUCUGGUUUCCUUUAUUUUUCUCCUCUUCUGAGUAAAACCUUUUACAUUUAUCACUGUGUAUAAGCCAUGCAUUUUCUAACAUUCCCGUCUCAGAGAUUAAUAAAUUUGGGGAUUGAAUUUCAAUAAUUUCAUAUGGGCCUUCCCAUUUGUCACCAAAUUUCCUUAGAUUUUCCAUCUUUUUCACCAAAAUUUUGUCCCCCUUUUCCCACAUUAUUUUAUUGAUUUUAUUUUGCUGAUGUUUCAUUAUAUCCACAUUUUCUAAUAAUUUAGAUUUCACAUCCUCCCUAACGAUAGUAAUCCUUUCCAACAUCUUUUGAACAUACGAAUUCAUCUCUUUAUAUUUUUCUCGCUCAAUUCCCAGUGCAGCUUCUGUAGGCAGCUUCG